AUGCACGCCAUCGAUAAUUGGAGUACAGUUGUAUUAAAGUAUACUACAAUAUCUAUUAACAGAAAUCAUUAUGUCCUGACAGACCAGCUCCUAGAGAGAGAGUUGCAAGUACAGUUGAAGAAAUUAAGGAACACUCAGAAACCAAGAAAACUUCUACUGACGUCAACUGACAUCACUAUUUUGACAUUGAUUAUGUCAUCAUUAGGAAAUAUUACUAUUGAUGUGUAUAAGAGACAGACUGUAUAUAAUGUUAUCAUAAACACUGAUGAUGAACUAGUAUGUUCAAGAACUCUGAAAUACUUUCAGGGAAUUGCUGCUAGAAUCUGGGUUGUGUCUUAUGCAUGGGUAACCGCUUCUUUAGAGGUAGGCUACCUUUUGCCAGAGAAAAACUUUGAAGUUGUUGGCGACGACAUUAAUGGCAGGAACCACAAUGGCCCAAAAAGGGCAAGACUUUGGAAAAGCCCAGAACUACUAAUGAAUAAAUUCACAAUAUAUCCUAUGGGGCAAUAUACUGAUUUAACGAAAGGUACAGUAUUUGUUUUACAGAUUAGGAAACUUUGGUCUGCCAGUUAGAAUGAACUUAAAUUCUUAAUUUACAGUGUAUCUAUAUUACAUGGCAGUUUUGAGACGACUUAGAAGUAAGGUUGUUGUAAGCUAGAAGUAACCAUUUGAUUAUUUGUAAGUCAUGGGCAGUGCCUAUGUAAAUGCUAUCUAUCCUUAUGCCAGAUAAAUUACUCUUUAGAAAUCGUAUAGGAGAAACUUUCUACUUCUUUUUGUACUUUAUUUAUUUAUUUAUUUACUCUUUCUUUAUACUGAAUCGCAUUCUCAUUUCUGAUUUCUGGUUAAAUUAUUAUAAAACUCAUUGCAAAAUACACAUUGAAAAAAUAUAUAACAUUUACACUUUAUUUUACUUUAGGUUUAGGUAUGUAGUGU